AUGCGCAGCAACAUGAUGCUCGCCGCCCUCUCGGCGCUGACCCUGGUCGCUGCCCAGAACCAGACCUUCACCAUUGACCCCAACCGUGUUGAUCUGAGCACUCGAGCUUCCUGGUGCCAGGGCGAGAAUGCCGUCUGCAACAUCCUCUGCGGCAACAACCCCAAGAGGAACGACUGCGAUCCCAACACGCUAAACUACCUGUGCACCUGUCAAAACGGCACUGCUCCUGGUCUCGACUACUACAGGCAGAGCAUGCCUUUCUUCAUCUGCAACGAGGCUUUCAAGGAGUGCAACGACGCCAACGUUGGCAAUGCCCAGGGCCAGAAGAACUGCACCACCAGCAUCGCGGACAAGUGCGGCACGCUCGACCCUGCCAAGGUCGUCGUCAGCUCGUCUUCUAGCUCUUCGGCCACACCCGCCCCGACGCAGACCCAGGCGCAAACCUCCUCGGGCGGCUCUAGCAGCGCCGCUUCCACCUCGAGCUCCAAGGCCGCUGCUCCCACCAACUUCCAGCAGUACGGAAACGGCGCCGCUGCCGUCGCCAUGGGCCUGGUUGCCUACAUGCUAUGA